UGUAGCCUACCUCCAUGUGAAUACAAAUAAAUCAUGAAAAAAACGAUGUAUAUAAUAAACAGUAUUAAAUAAUAAACAUAUUUUUCCCCAUAUUUAUAUAGUCAUUAUAAACACCCUGGACUCUACACCGAACAUUCCACAGACGCACUUAGAACGUGCUUUCCACUAACCCAUUUCCCUCCUGUCAAGAAUGUUGAGCAGAGAUGCUCCUCCCUCUCACUUAGCAACCCCGAGCACGUAGCAACAGCUAAGCCAAUGGCCUUUCAUUAAACGGUUCCACCGACAGUGCUGCCUCGGCAACAUAUUAAAGAACGUAGUGACGUCUUUGCUGCUCGUGAGUAUUAUGGGCUGUCUGGAAUUCUGAACCGAGUGGAGAGAAAAAUAUCCAUCCAGCAAGCUACCAAGCUGUCUACCAAACUAACGGUGGGGAGACGUAAACAUGGAACUGUCGGCUGUUGGUGAGAGGGUAUUUGCUGCAGAAUCUAUCAUCAAACGGAGAAUUCGAAGAGGUCGAAUGGAGUACCUUGUGAAAUGGAAGGGCUGGUCACCGAAGUACAGCACAUGGGAACCAGAAGAAAAUAUUUUGGACUCCCGCCUCUUUGUCGCGUUUGAUGAAAGAGAACGCGAGAGAGAGCUUUACGGGCCAAAAAAGAGGGGUCCCAAACCGAAGACAUUCCUUCUUCGGGCACAGGCAAAGGAAAAAGGCAAAACCUAUGAAUUCAGGAGUGAGGCAAACAGGGGAAUCCAUGUCACCUAUCCCAGCCCAGAGCCUGUGGUGACCCCCAGAGCCAGGGAGGGCCUGAGAGCUGUCGUGCCUACAAUCUUCCCGCCCAGCACCGUCAACCGAGGGGAGAGCGUACGAGUCCGACAGCCAGAGCCCGCGCACGAACGCCGCCUUCCUCCUGCACUCUCACGGCCCACGGGGGACGGUUUCGCACCCAUCCCAAAGAAGAGAGGCCCCAAACCCAAGCUGCGCUUCAAAGACGGCCUGCUCACGGGUCCUCCUAGGGAACAGCGCCUCAAAGACGGCCUGCUCACUGGUCCUCCUAGAGAACAGCGCUUCAAAGACGGCCUGCUCACUGGUCCUCCUAGGGAACACCGUUUCAAAGACGGCCUGCUCACUGGUCCUCCUAGAGAACACCGUUUCAAAGACGGCCUGCUCACUGGUCCUCCUAGGGAACACCGUUUCAAAGACGGCCUGCUCACUGGUCCUCCUAGAGAACAGCGCCUCAAAGACGGCCUGCUCACUGGUCCUCCUAGAGAACUGACCAAAAGGAGAGCCGAGGAGCCCCCGGUGUAUGGCGCCUCCAAACUGGCCAAACACGCUUUGGCAGAUGGCCAGGACAGGGACUCCGAAAUGAGGGUGAUCAAGCUGGCUCACCGGCCUCUCCAGGGACCGCCCAGUUACCCCCCAAAGCCCCCCACGCGGCUUAUGCCAGCAGGCGGCAGCCGGCAGCACUGCCCAACAGGCCGCAGCAGCUUGCAUUCGCACCGGCCAGGCCUAGAUGCUCAUGGCAGUAGGACUACGGACUGCCUGGUCCGUCAGACCCCCACGCACUUAAAGCACUUGGCACACUCCAGCCUCCAGAGGGAGGACGCUCCAGCUCAGCGCCAGCCCACACUGAUCGCCAAAAUCCCGAUAUCCCACCUCUUGGACGGGCCGGAGGAGGACGCCCGCUGGAACCCGUGCCUCACUAACCUGGAGAAGGUGGUGGUGACAGAUGUGACCACAAACUUUUUGACAGUGACCAUCAAGGAGAGCAGCACAGAUCAAGGAUUCUUUAAGGGCAAAAGAUGAUUCGCCUUGCAUUUGACCAAGAAGACCCUGCCUGGUCAUAUUAUCAUUUUCAAGAAUCAGUUCUUUAUAGUGUCCCCUGUCAUUUCCACAUUUUUUACAUAGUGUAUAUAAAGAGUUUACCAGAUUAUGUGUUUUGUGCAUAACUCUUCUAUAUGUAUUUAAUUUAUAGUAAUGCAACUGUUUGAAAUUUUCAAGAAUUACAUGUACCAAACAUGUACAGAUAUAUAUUUAUGUAUAGAGUGCUUAGGUAAUUCCUUCUCAAGCACCUGAAUUUGCUGGCCAUUUUGUGCAGAUUGUUGUGUCCUGAAGCAGUAAGAGGCCGUUAUUUAAAAUUCGAAUUAUAGAUAUGUUUGGCUCUUUGCAAUUCAGUCUCUCUAAUGCCAUGUAUUGCUACGUUGCCUACAUGGGCAUUUUAAGAAAUAAAUGUACUUAUGACAUGUGUGAGGGGGGAUACCGCAGACAUCGCUAUGAGCAGAGACCCUUGAUCAUGUCGGCUUCUCGUCGUUAUACCGUGUCCAGUCACCGAUAUGAAAAAUACUAUUGUAAAUGUAAAAAUACAAAUACUGACACUACGGCCUAUGUAAAGUUGUAAUACGUGUUUUGGUCUCGCUUGGCCUGCAGAUUUCCAUGGGAAUUCGGUUAAACAUAUUUUUCUUUCUGUCGCCUAAUGUGGCCUCUAACAAAUGGUCUAACAAUGACGUCUGUAUCUGUUACUUAACAGCUUGCAACAUUUUCUGUAUGUGUGAGUUUGCAUUCACCCUUCAGUAAACUGACAGGCAAAACUGUUUUGAAA